AUGGGGAGGACUCAUAUUCCUCAUAUUCCGACACUUACUCUUAUACAGUUAGCAAUUUCACAAACUUACUUAUUUUUAAGAACGAUCGCCGGAGACAAUUUUGUAAGGCCUUUUGUGGGGGCAUUAGCAGAUAAAUAUAGUAGAUAUAAAACGUUAUUGUUACUAACCCUUCUUCUUUUCGGCUGUGGAUAUUUUUCAUUUAUGUUCAUACCUGCGAGAAUCUGUGUUCAUCAGUUUACACCAAAGCUAUUAAAACUAUGCGGACCCGACGUAUGCAUUAACUUCGGCCUCGGAGCCUAUGUUUUACGUUUUGUCGGCCAUUCGUUUAUAAACUCAAAGUGGUAUAUUAUACCAUUAGAACUGUUGCAUGGAGUGACUUAUUCAUUACUGUGGUCAUCUAUCUCUUCUAAAGUGAAUUUAAUAUCACCAACUGGAAGUCAUGGUACCUUUCAAGGUAUUACUGGGGCUAUUUACAACGAUUUGGGUCGCGGAUUUGGUGCUAUAUUAACUGGAAGUCUAUUCCAGAUAUAUGAUGCCAGAUGGGUAUGGAGGUCAUAUUCUGCAUCCUGUUUAAUUUUACUGAUAAUAUUCAAUAUAACUGAUCGAGUUUGGCCUAUGCAAGAAAGUUAUAGUACGAAAGAGGAAGUGGUGAAAGAUUCGGAGGCAACAGAAAAUAUGCUUGAAAGACCUACAGUCGUCAAACAUGGAGAAUUAACAACCAACAGCGAAACUUUGUAA